AUGUAUAAUUCUCUCCAUAUCUAUAUAUCUAUCAUUCUGUGCUUAUCUAUCUAUCUAUCUAUCUAUCUAUCUAUCUAUCUAUCUCCGCCUGUUCAUAUCUAUCUAUCUAUCUAUCUAUCUCCGCCUGUUCAUAUCUAUCUAUCUAUCUAUCUAUCUCCGCCUGUUCAUAUCUAUCUAUCUAUCUAUCUCCGCCUGUUCAUAUCUAUCUAUCUAUCUAUCUAUCUAUCUAUCUAUCUAUCUAUCUAUCUAUCAUUCUGUCUUUCGUCGUUGACUCUAUCUAUCUAUCUAUCUAUCUAUCUAUCUAUCUAUCUAUCUAACUGUUGUUGUUGUACACAAUUCACUCGUCUUAUCUAUCUAUCUAUCUAUCUAUUUUACCUUAUAAUCACAGAUAUUUCAGUCUCUUCUUAUCUAUCUAUCUAUCUAUCUAUUCUCCUUUUAUCUAUCUAUCUAUCUAUCUUACCUUAUAAUCACAGGUAUUUCAGUCUCUUAUCUAUCUAUCGAUCUAUCCAUCUAUCGAUAUAUUUCAGUCUUCUUAUUAGAAGAUGUAUUUCAGUCUCUUCUUUAUCUAUCUAUCUAUCUAACUUUAUAAUCACAGGUAUUUCAGUCUCCUCUUAUCUAUCUAUCUAUCUAUCUUACUUUAUAAUCACAGGUAUUUCAGUCUCCUCUUAUCUAUCUAUCCAUCUAUCUAUCUUACCUUAUAAUCACAGUCUCUUCUUAUCUAUCUAUCUAUCUUACCAUAUAAUCACAGGUAUUUCAGUAUCCUCUUAUCUAUCUAUCUAUCUAUCUUACCUUAUAAUCACAGGUAUUUCAGUCGCUUCUUAUCUAUCUAUCGAUCUAUCUAUCGAUAUAUUUCAGUCUCUUCUUAUUAGAAGACGUAUUUCAGUCUCUUCUUAUCUAUCUAUCUAUCUAUCUAUCUAUCUAUCUAUCUAUCUAUCUUACCUUAUAACCACAGCUAUUCCAGUCUCUUCUCAUCUACCUAUCUAUCUUAGUGUCCGUUUUUUUAUUUUAUACCCUUACAUGUUUCCUUCCGGUAUCAGCGGUAGUUACUGUUCCAGUCCAGAUAGAUGGUUGCUUUGA